AUGGAUAUGCCAAUGUCCUCGUCGAUGUCUAUGGCGAGCUCUACAGCGACAAGUGCGUCUAGCAUGUCGACUGGCAUGCCGUCUGGAAUGUCGAUGAUGAUGGACACCAUGACUCCGUACCUUCACUUCACCGGUGGCGAGAAUCUUUUGUUCAAGACGUGGACGCCCUCGUCCCAUGGUGCCAUCGCAGGUGCCUGCAUAGGCCUUGUUGCACUUGCUAUAUUCGAGCGAUGGGUUUCUGCAAUGAGAUUGUUGCUCGUAUGCCACUGGCGACAAAGGACUUUAGCCUAUAUGCAAGGCGCACUUUCAGCCGAUUCUCCGGCAUCAACUUCAGACGAAAAGGCGGCUGAUAUUGAAGAGGUUCAUGCAAGCUCACUGUCCGACAAAGCGUUGCACUCACCCUUCUCCUUCAAACGCUCUCUGCGUACCAUCGAGCCUUUCAUCUGGUCUCACGAUAUUCCACGUGGUGCUCUUUAUGCUUUCCAAGCUUUAUUGGCCUACGCACUGAUGCUAGCAGUCAUGACUUUCCAAGCUGCCUUCAUCAUAUCAAUUAUACUUGGGCUGGGUAUCGGCGAAAUUCUGUUUGGUAGGAUGGCAGGAGGAGGAGAUGGACAUUUACUGCACUGA